AUGCAAACGUAUGGGAUGCUGUUAUUCUUGGUCGUGUCGAGGUGUGCUUGCGUUCUGAUUGUGCCCGCACCGGAAGUUGUCAAUGCGAUUACCGAAAGGAUCGCCUUAAUGAUGUUCAAAUGUGCAGAAACGUUGUAUCCAGGGAUGAGUAUCCUCGAGCAAGUUGUGAAUUAUUGGAGAUCCGACACCGACAUAAUGGACAUAAAUUUUGGGUGUGUGGCAAUGUGCAGCCUGAUCAAACUGAAUCUAUACGAUGGGAAAGGACAGUUGCUUGAAAAGAACAUGACAAAUUUUGUACUCGCCAAGGGUGCCGACGAUGAAACGGUGGUAAGACUAGUGGAAGUAUUUCGAAACUGUCGCCCGCCACCGGCAGCUGGAUUCAGGAAGAACUGCACCGAUGGCCUGCAUGUGAUGAAGUGUUUUCGCAACAGCAUGUACCGGCUUGGCUGGGCACCUAUCGUCCAUUUCGGCCUGUAC